GGCACAUUUGACUUGUCAAGUAACCGUAUCAUUUCCAUUAUUUAGUUUUUUGAUGGAAUGUCGGUCGGAAAGCGAUCACUAAUCUUAUCUUUUCCUGUGCGAUGGGCAAGGAGACGAAAUAAUUUUGCACAGUAUUCGACGGACACCAUUAGAAAUGGUUUACUUGGAAUGGUGGGAAGAACACCUCUAGUGAGAAUUAACAAACUUAGUGAUGAAACUGGUUGUGAGAUUUUAGCAAAAGCCGAGUUUUGUAAUGGAGGGGGAUCAGUUAAAGAUAGAGCUGCGUACUUUCUCAUCAAGGAUGCAGAAGAAAAAGGCUUAUUGAGACCAGGAGGGACCGUUGUGGAGGGAACAGCAGGGAAUACUGGGAUAGGACUGGCUCACAUGUGUCUGGCGAAAGGCUACAAGUGUGUCAUCUUCAUGCCCAAUAACCAAUCAAAGGAAAAGAUUGAAUGUCUUCAGACACUAGGAGCUGAGGUUCAUCCCUGUCCUGUAAAACCUUGGACUGAUCCUGAUAAUUACAAUCACCAGGCAGCUAGGUAUGCACAGAGUUUAGAAAAUGCAGUAUGGACAAACCAGUUUGACAACACAGCUAAUAAAAGGGCACACAUUGAAACCACAGGGCCAGAGAUUUGGCAGGAAACCAAUGGGAAAGUGAAUGCUGUUGUAUUUGGAACUGGAACAGGUGGGACUUUAGCAGGAGUGGGCACCUACCUCAAAGAUAAAAACAAAAAUGUCCAGGUGUUUCUGGCUGAUCCUCAGGGAAGUGUUCUGUACAACUAUAUAAAAAAUGGAAAGUUAGAAAGAACCCCUGGUGAUUCCAUUACAGAGGGCAUAGGUCAAGGCCGGGUCACUCAAAAUUUGAAGGAUGCUCCUAUUGAUGACGCAUUAGCAAUCAAAGAUGUCCAUGCAGUGGAAUGGACCUUCAGACUUCUCCAUGAGGAGGGCUUUUUUGUAGGUGCUUCCACGGGACUAAACAUAGCAGCUGCAAAGCAGGUAGCUGAGAUCAUGGGUCCAGGACACACUAUUGUUACCUGUCUGUGUGACACAGGCCAGAGAUACUAUGGAAAGUUGUUCAGUAGGAAGGUGCUUCAAGACAGAGGUUUAUUGGAGGCAGUGCCCGAGCCUUACCGCAGAUCUCUACACGACUAAAUCGUAAUUUCAUCAACUCCUUUGGGGACAUUCAACUUCUUUUAACAACUUUGUCAUUCGUUCGAAGAUGAUUAAUAUCAUCCUCAACGCUUCGUGAAUCAACUCUACAGUACAUGUGUACCUACAGCAAACAAUUGUACUCCCUAGUAUAGAUAUACAACUGCACAUUCUUUAUGUGUGAUUUUAAACAACAGUUAAAAGUGAUUAUCUAGCUCAAUAUUAAU